CCGGCCUCUGUCACUAGGUGAUGGUGCAGCCAAGAUGGCGGCGGGAGCGUGAGCGGAGGCGGCUCCGCUCCCUGACCCCGGGAGGAGGCAGCGCAGGGAUGAGCCGCGUUCCCGGCCCCGUUUGGUUCCCGUGAAGCUAGCAGGGAGCGGCCGGCGCCCGGGCCAUGGCGGGGAUUAUCAAGAAGCAGAUCCUCAAACACCUCUCCAGCGAUCCCUGCUUGCUGUGGUGGAGUUUGAUUUGCUGUGAAUAUCCUUACUACCAAAAUGAGUGCCAGAAGCUCCUAAGAAACCAUGGGAACUGACCACUUGCUUUCACCAGGAAUAGGGACCUUUUGCCUGAAUUUCGUGCCCUCAGUGUAGAAUCACAAGAAGCUAGAAUUUUUCAUCUGUGAAAGAAAAAGAGAUGCAUCUGGAAUACAGCUGGGCAAUUUUUUUAGCCAAAUAGUUCAUUCAUCAAAAAAUGCAGCGUUGGAUCCACCAAAACUAUUUGUGAAUUUGACACACAUUUGCUUAAGAAUUUCAGCACACCUCUCUUACCUGCCCCUGCCCCCCAAAAAUUCAGGCUAGAUUCACAAGGGUACUUGGGUGCCCUCCUAAAAAAUGGAGGAGGUGGUGGUGCCCCCUUACCCUCUGUAGCCCAAAGAUUAGAUACUUGGGAUGUGGGAGACAUGGGUUUAAGCCCAUAACGUGCCUGAUUUAGAGAAGGAAUUAGAGCUUGGGGGUCUCAUGUUGUUGGUGAGUGCACUAACCACUGAGCUUUGAGGUAUUCUGGGUUAGGGCUCUCUGUCUGUUCUGUUGAAGCUGUUUCACUCUGUAUAAAUUAAAUAUGCAUGAGAGCAGGGACUGGAGCCCAGAUGAGUGUGCUAACCACCAAGCUAUGGACCAGACAGAAAAAAUGACCCUAAUGAAUAUUUAAUUAUUUAUACAGAAUGGAAUAGUUUCAACUGGAGAACUUGAGAGACACACUACUCAGAAUACCCUAUAGCCUAGUGGUUAGGGCAUUGACCUGCAACAUGGAAGACUGUAACAGUUGACCCACCUCUCAAGCACCACCUGUUUCCCAUUUCAGGGCUCCAUAAAUAGACUCCACUAUUCCUGAAUCCUUAAGACAAACAAAAGUAUUACUUUAUUUAUUUAUAUAUAAUUCAAAAAUAACGCUCAGUCCUGGACCUUCUAUCAAAAGAGAAUGCUAGUCUCUCCUCAGCUACUCCCAGGCCUUCCCACUUGGAGUCUUUUGUCUCUAGUACGUCAGUCAGUCCUGGGGCUUUUCCUCUUUUCCCUGGAGGUGAUCCGAGCCUUACAGCUUCACUUUGGUUCUCCCCUGCUUUUUGCAGGCCAGUCCUAGCCCAGCCUGGCUGGAGUCUCAUUCCUCUGGUAUCUCAGACUCUCCUGCAUCAUUCUGCUUUGGCUAUGUCUACACUUGUGAGGGUGUGUAGAGUACAGGUACUGCACAUGUAGCUUCAUGCUAUGAUGAAAGGCUGGCUGUGUCCAGACUAGACACUAAUGUGUCGCUAAAGGCCACAGUGAAAGCACCUCCAGCAAUGCAGGGAGGCAGUGGAACACUAUUCUGCUAAAAAUAGCAGUGUAAACAUGAGAGGUACUGUGUGGGUCUGUAGAGAGCCAUGUAGGGUAUAUAUCAUGGGAAUUCAGGAGUAUAGGGCACUCUGCUCUACUUGCCUAAACUGUGUCUCAUGUCUACACUCCUAUUUAUAGCAGGGUUAGCUGGGCAUGCAGCAUCUGAGCUGUACACGCUGUUAUAAGUUUAGGUGUACCUUAAGCCACAGCUUCCUUCCAUGUUUUGUGCUGCUGUCUCCCCAGUUGUAAGGCCCAGAUGCCUUCCCUUAAGCCCAUUUGGGUGACAGGUAAUAAAUUACAGGUACUUUGGAACCUGUUCACUCUGUUCUGUGACAGACAGCCAAGCUCAAAUCCCUGCUGGCAAAGUGAGAACAUGAAUCUGGGUCUUCCGCAUCUCAGGGCUAUAGGACGUAGGGGCAGCAGCAGCACCACCACCACUAGUUUCUUCCUUCUCGUCUGGUUCACCAAAAACCUGUCACCUGACAAGAUCAAUCUGAGCACGUUAAAGGGGGAAGGUCAGUUGACCAAUUUAGAGUUGGAUGAAGAGGUGCUUCAGAACAUGCUGGAUCUUCCAACAUGGCUUGCUAUAAACAAGGUUUUUUGUAAUAAAGCAGCUAUUAGGAUACCGUGGACAAAAUUGAAAACUCAUCCAAUCAGUCUGUCCCUGGAUAAAGUAAUAAUGGAAAUGAGUACUUGUGAAGAACCACGUGCCCCGAAUGGACCAUCACCUAUAGCAACUGCAUCAGGACAGAGUGAAUAUGGCUUUGCUGAAAAAGUGGUAGAAGGAAUUUCUGUUUCUGUGAACUCCAUUAUAAUCCGGAUUGGAGCGAAAGCUUUUAAUGCUUCAUUUGAACUUUCCCAGUUGAGAAUAUAUAGCGUAAAUGCAAACUGGGAACAUGGUGAUUUAAGAUUUACUCGAAUACAAGAAUCUCAGCGUGGAGAGGUAUUAACUUUCAAAGAGAUCAACUGGCAAAUGAUCAGAAUAGAAGCAGAUGCAAUCCAGAGUUCUCAGCAUGAAAUCAUGAGUGCUCCAGUUCGACUGAUUACUAACCAAUCAAAAAUCAGGGUUACACUUAAAAGAAGGUUAAAGGAUUGCAAUGUAGUGGCAUCAAAACUGGUUCUAAUACUAGAUGAUUUGCUAUGGGUUUUAACUGAUUCCCAGUUGAAAGCUAUGGUACAAUAUGCUAAAUCUCUUAGCGAAGCAAUAGAGAAAUCAACUGAACAAAGAAAAAACUUGGCUUCUGAACCCACACAGAGUUCCACCCCUGCACCCACCUCUCAGCAAGUGAAAACACACCAGGCUUCAGCAGCACCUGAUCAGAAUGAUGCAAUUGUAAAGCUGUUCAGUGAUUUUGAUGUUAAGGAAACUUCUCACCACUUAGUAAUUUCUCAUUUGGACCUGCAUAUAUGUGAUGAUAUUCACUCUAAAGAAAAAGAAUCAAACAGAAGUAUUACAGGAGGAGCUAUGCAGAUUUCCUUUAGCCAAUUAGCUGUGGACUACUAUCCUUUUCACAAAGCAGAAGACAACUGCAGUCACUGGAUGCAUUAUAGUGAUGCCACAAAAAUCAGAAGCGGAUGGGCCCAAGAAUUAUUACAUGAGUUCAAAAGCAAUGUUGAAUUACUUAAACAGGCUGUGAAGGAUCAUAAUAUAGAUACUCCAACUAAAUCCCCGCCUCAUGGUUCUCCUCCAAACAUACAAACAGGCAAGGAACAUCAGAUACCUGGAACUUCUAGGGCUUCUUCUGUAUCUCCCCAACAACCAAAGGAUAAACUCAUGUCCAGUCCUGUUGUUGUUAGACUUGCAGAUUUCAAUAUAUACCAGGUCUCUACAGCAGACCAGUGUCGUUCUUCCCCUAAAACUCUGAUUUCUUGCAAUAAAAAGUCACUUUAUCUUCCACCAGAAAUGUCAGCUAUUCAUAUUGAAUUCACUGAAUACUACUAUCCAGAUGGAAAAGACUAUCCUAUUCCAUGUCCAAACCUUUAUGUGCAACUGAAUGCUCUGCAGUUCACUCUGGAUGAAAGAAGUAUUCUUUGGCUAAAUCAAUUUGCAUUGGAUGUGAAACAAAGUCUCAAUCAGUUCAUGGCCAUGUAUAAAUUAAAUGACAAUUCAAAAUCUGAUGAGCAUGUUGAUGUUAGAGUGGAUGGACUUAUGUUAAAGUUUAUCAUUCCCUCUGAAAAGAAACCUGAAAUCCAUAAAGAUCAGCCACGUGCAAUUUCUAUUCAAAGUUCGGAAAUGAUUGCUACAAACACAAGGCACUCGCCAAACUGUAGACACUCUGACCUGGAAGCCUUGUUCCAGAACUUCAAAGAUUGUGAAUUUUUCAGUAAAACGUUCACCAGCUUUCCCAAAUCUCAUGACAGUUUUAAUCUUCUGCACCCAAUCUUCCAGAGACACGCUCAUGAACAAGAUACUAAGAUGCAUGAUGUUUAUAAAGGUUAUGUCACCCCUAAGCUAAAUAAAUAUGCACUAAAAACAUCUGCUGCCACUGAUGUCUGGGCUGUGCAUUUUUCCCAAUUUUGGAUAGAUUAUGAAGGAAUGAAAAGUGGGAAAGGCCGACCAAUAAGCUUUGUGGAUUCAUUCCCACUCUCCCUUUGGGUUUGCCAGCCAACGAGAUUUGCACAGUCACAAAAGGAACUCUUUUCUUAUUAUCAGACAUCUUUUAACAUUCCAAGAAGUGACUCUAGUGACCUAGCUAAUAGACUUCAGCGCAAAAAACUUUUGAGGGAAUAUUACAGCACUGAGACAGAACCCUUGACCAAUGGGAUUCAAAAGCUUCAUCCUUCAAAUAGCACUUCAGGAGUUCUGUCUGCAAGUUCUUCCUCUGAUGCAGAUGUACAUGUUCUUGUUCAUAUUCAAAAACACGUGAGCAUGCAAAUCAAUCAUUACCAGUUCCAUUUCUUAUUGUUGCUCCAUGACUCCCUUGUAGUGCUCCUGGAAAACCUAAGGAAAGAUGUAGGAGCAGUGACAGGAAAACCUGCACAACAAACAGAUGUCUGCAUUGGGAUCUUACUUGAAAGUGCAGAAAUAGCUCUAUUGCUCCAUCCAGUGGCUCAAGCAAAACCCUGCAAGUCUCCAGUUUUGGAAGAAGAAAGUCUCAUGGCAGAAGAUCUUUCACCUUUGGAAAAUGAGGAAACUCUUGUAUCAGAAAGUAAACUAAUAACUAAUGAUAUAACACAGACUGGUAGUGUGGAUAUUAAUUGUGUAACUGAGUCUACGAGCACUGAGGUUAACAAUGUCAUUUUGAUGGACCCCCUUUUUAAAUCAGAUAGUGAUAUGGAUUUUCACAAGGGAAUAUCAUUUUCAGAUGAUGCAUUGGAUACGUGUUUGGGGAAAACAAAUGAAGGUGAUUGUAGUGGACUUUUUAGUAGGAGUAAUUCAGAACACGUUUGUGUAGCAUUAAGUGACAAAAGUAGCUUGUAUUCUAGGGAUUUGGUGAAUGUUUUAAAUAACAGAGAAGAUUCUAUUGAGUUAUUCACUGAUAAAGAGGAUGACAAAAAUAUUUUUUCAAAUAUGUUAACUGAUCAGAAAAGUGGAACUGAAGGCUCUCCUGUUAAAGUGGCAGACUUAGAACCAGAAACAGCCUUACAAUCUGAAGAGCUUGAAAUCAACAAAGAAAAAUUGUCUACCGUUAGAAUGCUUGCAACCCAGUCUACAUUAAGUGGAAAGCCUAAGGAACGCUGCCAGUCCAACCUCCCUGCAUUCUCUGUUUCUUAUAAGAACAUGAAGAGAAGUCCAUCACAAGUCUCUUUGGAUACUAUUUCUAUUGAUAGUAUGAUGUUAGAAGAACAUUUGCUAGAGAGUGAUGGAAGUGACAGCCAAAGCUUUAUGGAGAAAGCUAUCACAGGCAUGAAUUACCAAAGGCCAGCAGAAAGCAUGCAAGAUGAAGUCACAGGAGUUGACAAUUAUGGUGGGUCAUCUCCAGAUGCCAUCAGUGCAGCUUCAGAGAGUGCUCAAGAGACUAAUGAAGAAAUGAUGUCUGUUGUGGUUUUUAAAAUCUUCGGCGUUAAUGGUGAAAUUGACAUCAAAGGUGAAGACACAGAAGUAUGCCUUCAGGUGAAUCAGGUGAUACCAAGCCAGUUGGGCAAUAUCAGUGUUCGACAUUAUCUUUGCAACAGAACUGUGGGUUCAGAUCAUAAAUCUGUGGCUGGACCAAUUAAGUCAUCACCUGAAAUUAAUUUGAGAUGGGAAAAUGGGCCAAGUGCUGUAGUACACUCUCUGCUGGCUGUAAAAAAUGGCUUUCUACAGUGUCAUGUAGAGAAUUUUAGUGCUGAAUUCCUAACAUCUUCCCUCACGAACAUUCAGCAUUUUCUAGAAGAUGAAACUGUUGCAGCAGUAAUGCCUAUGAAGAUCAAAGUUUCUAAUACAAGGAUUAAUUUAAAAGAUGACAGCCCACGUGAUAAUCUCUCAGCUCCUGAACCAGCCCCUGUAACACUGCAUAUUGACCUACUUUUGUUAGAGAGGAAUGACGAUGGCUCUUUUUGCAUCAGAGAUAAUCAACCACUAAGCAAUGAUGUGUUGAACUACAAGAAAUCGAGUGCUACAGUGCAGCAAGUGGGUGGCGUUACCAGAAACAGAAUGCAGGAUUAUGUGUCUCAAGCCACACAGACUUCUCCAGAAAUCCCCAGACCUUCUACAUCAAGAUGGGCUACAGCUGACUUCCUCAGAGAGGAGCUUAUUGAAGAAAACGAGUGUCUUAAACAGGAACUAGCCAAGGCUAAAAUGGCUCUGGCUGAGGUCCACAUGGAAAAAGACACACUGCUUCAUCAUAUAAAGAGGAUGUCUAUUGAACAUCAACAGUAGUGGAUAAUAUGUUCCAAAGAUUGCACUGAAGUAAGAAGAGAUGUAUUUAAAUACUGUUGUGAAUUAGUGGAAGAGUCUUUUGACACAAGCAUAGAACAAUGUAUUUGUGGAAUAAAUACUAUUCAGAGAAUUUACAAAGGAUUAGGAUUAGACACUGCAAUUCUGUUUUUCUGUUUAGCCCUGUUUAAACUGCAGUGAUGCAGGAAAAAUCAUUUUAUACUGUACUUUACUAAUUUUCCUAAGAACAAGGAUAUGUUUCUCUUAAUUUUAAUAAUAUUGGAGGAAAUGUUAUUUGGGGAACAGAUCUGAUGAUGAGGUAGUUCAAUGGGCAAGGGAAGAUGUUUACAUGAGUAAUUGAGUAAAAUGUGUGCCAUUCAUCAUUGAUAUAUGGUAUCUUUAUUCGCUAAGAUUAAAUGAUUUUACUGUUAACAUAUUUUAAAGGAGAUUACAUUUGCACUAUAAACUGAAUGGAUCCCAUUCUGUGACCAUUAAAACUUAAUAUAAUUGGCCUCAAACUGGCCUAAAGUCAGUGUAACUGGCCCAGGCAGGAUCACCAAGUUUAAGAGUAAUCUUCCUGUGGCAUAGAGACUUACACUGCUCUCUUCCACUGCUGGUAUACCUGAAUAAAGGAUUGGGACCUUAGGACAAGGAUCAUAGUAUUGGAUACCCCUACCAGGUGAGUCCUUAGCUUUAUUUUGGGUAUUACAGUCUGGUGUAAUUCAGAUCAUCACUUAAACUGUUCUCCCCCAGGCAGAAGGACUUGUCAUGCACAGAGACAGCAACGGAUCAGGGGUCGGUGCAAGAUGAGCUUUAGCCAUCUUUACACACCCCUGACCCACAUGCUGCAUGGAUCAGCCAUGCCUAAUGUAUUUAAAUAUGUAACCGUUCAUUUGUUAAAACAAAAACUUACUAGGAUUCAUAAAUUGUAUAUUACUGUGUUUGAAAAAAACUUUAGAAAAUCAUUAAUUACCCUGUUGAACUUGUGAAGUUACAUGAAAGUGUAAUUAUGCAGUUUAAACUGUGGGUGAUUUGUAUAAAUUGAACUAUAAUUUUCAGCUAAAAGAACUGAUACAAAUGUAUAAAUAAAAAAGCACAGAAUACAGA